AUGACCACCUCUAAGAAGGAUCAUACAGCUAGUAACAGCAUUUAUCUGCCUUCACCUAUUGAAAUUCUGAGACCAGAAUGCACACUUGACAUAUAUACUCCUAACCUCAAAAAGACAUAUCAUUCAUGUUAUACUACCUGUGGAGGAGAAAUUGAACUUGCACAUCAAUCUAAGGCAAAACCAACUACUAUUUCAGAGCUCAGCAACUAUGGUUUCUGCUCUACACAAACUGGAAGAGAAAGCUGGAGCAAAAAUUAUGACCUGUCUACUGAAAUAGAAUAUAAUAGGAUUUGGAAGAGGAAGCCACAAGCCGAUAUUUACGAGGACACUGAACACAUAUCAAAAAAGCCUUGGAAUAUCAAAACAUGCAGUGAUAUCGACAUUGCUAUAACAAAUAAGUAUACAAAUACUAAGCAUGAUAAUAAAGGAAAGCAAAUUAUUGGUGCAUCAUAUAACAAGGAACCGUAUUACAAAACAUCAAAUGAAUGUCUAAUAUCCAAGAAAAUAUCAGAUUUAGGACAAACCUUUCAAAAAUCUAACCCUGGUAUAAAAAAGUAUUCAAGAGAAAAUAUGGUGACUUCUGCCUUAACUUCAAAAAUUCACCAGACAUUUGAUUAUGACACAGAUGGUCGUAAUAUUACUAUCUAUCCUACUGUAACUGUAUGCAACAAGGAGCCAGCUAUACUAGACACAAAUUUAUUGCACAUUUUAGUUGGUGAAACACCAGGAGUGUUUACUCGUAGUUUUAUUCCUCAGAGUGAUAGUCCUCUGGAUUAUAUUGUUCCCCAUUAUGGACUUAAAAACCAUGCAUUUUCCAGUAGAACUCCUCAUUAUAGUGCCAGUAGACAAGAUAAUACAGAAGCUAUUUUAAGCAAUGUUAAUUCUGCACUGCAAGUUGAGCCAGCACAUAAACAAAAACCUUUAUACUGUACGACUGAUGUAAAUACCAACUAUCAAAUUAAACAUAGUUUUGCUGCAAACAUAUUAGCAGAUUUUACAAAAUGUCAUGUUUUGCAAAAAAACGAUUUGUCAUUGCCAUAUAUUGAUAAGAAAACUUGCAUUUUCCGUCUUUUUGGCAAUAAUGAUGAGUCAUUGCUGUCAACAGAAAAUGCAUUUCUAGCACAGCUCAAUUACCCGAGGCAGCCUGGAGAACAGCACUUUGUGUCUGACAUGGAGCAUUCAAUAUUUGCAGCUUCAUUACUUGGAACGUCUAAAAAUGAGUUCUCAUGUUUUCGAAGGAAUAGCUUGCAAAGUACUUCCAAAAAACAUACUCUUCCAGAAACCAGUAACAAACUUUCCUGUGACUCAGUCAAAGGCAGAUAUUUUGAAGAAGCAGAAAGGCGGAAGUUUUGUAUUAAAGCGAAUGUGUUUAGUAGAAAGUCUAGUUUGAUCCCCAAAAAUUUACUUAAGUGUCAAUACAAAUAUACUGGCAAUACACAACAUUUAGAAAAUUAUAUCUCCUCAAUUGCCUUAGGCAACAUCAGAGCUCAAUCGUGUGAAAACCAGAACUCUUUUACUGAACAUUUUGAAAAAAUAUCUAUAGCGUCAAGUUGGGAGGAACCAUGGGUUGGAAAGAUACAGAAAAGUGAUAUUGUUUUAUAUGAUGAAUACCAAACUAUGCAUGAUAAUCUAGAGGCAUUAAACAUCACAAUCUCAGAACACCAAUUCAAGUGUGCUGAAAGUGUUUGUCUAGUAAAUUCCAAAAACAUAUUGCUGGAAUCACUGUGUACAUCUUCUGUAAGUAAGGUUUCAAACAAAGAACAAGAUGAUAAUACCAGUUUUUCAAAUGAUAAGAAAUUGAAUUUAGCAACGUCCACACAGAUAGGCCCUAACAUUAUAGGAAAAAAUAUAUCAGUUUUUGUGAAUCAGCAUCCUGAAUGUACUUUGCAAGUGGCUACUGAGAUGUUUGAUUUGGGAAAACAUGAUGUUAACAGUUUAUUGAAUACAAAAGAAGGCCCUUGCAUUUUGUCUCCUUUUAAAGAUAUUGCAGAAAAUAUAUAUUUCUCAAAUGGAUUUGUGAAAGAGGAAUGUCAAAAUAUGCAACCAUAUUCUGAUGAAAAACAUCUUUCUAAUAAUUCACUGGGUAAUAUGGUGACCGAUAUGACUCUGCCAGAUGGCACUGCACUUACACAGCAUUUGAAAAAUGAUGCUACUGAAGGCAAAACUGAAGAUGGGAUAUCAUUUUUGUUAACAAUAUCUGAAGAUAAAGUACAAUUUGAAAUGAAAUCUCAGUUUGACUUGGUUCUUGAAGAGUUGGCAUUAUUCCAUUCAAUAUCUGAAAAAGAUGCAGGUAGUGAACUAAAGCAUAGCUGUGAGCAAUCCACCGGUUCUUUGGAAUUGUUUCAUGGUGACUGUACUGAUAACUCAGCAAUAGAUGAUAGUGCAAUAAACAUUCAAUCAGCAGAAGACAAUCUUAGUAAGAUCUUGACACAGGUCAAAGAACAAGAUGUGCCACAGGGAUAUUGGUCUGCCAAUUCAGCUGAAGAGGAAGGCCUUUAUUCUACUGACAGACAAGGUUAG